CGACCGCGGACCGUCACAGUAGUGGGCGCCAAAUCGAACCCCUCCACCGCCGGUCUCCGUCGACAAAUUCGCCGUUUUGCCGUGGAAAUACACUCAAAAGAAGGAAGCACACAAAUCAAGAGAGCGAAAAUGGAAGGUUCUCAGCCGCCGAUAUUUAGCGUUCGAAUAGUUUCAAUUGACUACUACAUGGCCCCUCCUGUUCCGGGCCUUGGCAUUUGUUACAGCUCUUUCCAUGGUGGGAAGGUGAAUGAGGUUCCUGUUAUAAGAAUAUAUGGGUCAACGCCGGCUGGGCAGAAAACUUGUUUGCACGUACAUAGAGUUUUACCUUACCUUUACAUACCCUGCUCUGAUCUGGGCUCUAUACAAAAUGAUGAAGUUGAUUCAUGCAAAGGCUCUAUUUCCCUUGCCCUUGAGAAGGCUUUGAAGCUUAAAGGUAAUGCUGGCUCAAAGCGUCAGCAUGUGCACGGUUGUGAUAUUGUACAGGGAAAGAAGUUCUAUGGAUAUCAUCCUUCAGAGGAGUUGUUCACAGGUGCAGUAUUGGAAAAGACAUUGCAGCCAUAUGAAUCACACAUUCCUUUUCUUCUUCAGUUCUUGAUUGACUACAAUUUGUAUGGAAUGGGCCUUUUACAUGUUGCAAAAGUGAGGUUUCGCUAUCCUGUUCCAGAUGUUUUCUCCCGAUGGAAAGAUAAGCACCAGGCCAAACUGAGGCGAUCCCAAGAUGACUCAACUCAAAUGGACUUUCAGGAUGAUUUAGGUGGCGACUUAUGUCCAAAAACACCAAUAUGGAUAUCAUCUACUAUUCCGCAAGGGUGGAUCGGGCAAUUUUCACCUGGACCUGGUUCUUCCAUAAAUGAAGAUAUUACACUCCCCAGACGUCAGAGUACCUGUGGGUUGGAGGCAGAUGCUGUAGUACAAGAUGUCAUAAAUCAGCAGCUUAUAUCGUAUGCAUCUCUCUCACAAACGGAUUCCAAAGUGAAAAUGGUUCAGUCACUAAUCCCGAUUUGGGAGGAAGAACACGAGAGGAAUGGAGUGCCUGAGGCCACACCUUCAGUUUCCCAUGGGAAACCACUUCCCCAGGAUGUAUUAAGAAAUCUUUCAGACGGGAUUGAGUUUGAAAAUCUUGUGGAAUUGAGACCUGAAGCAGAAAACAGGCCACUUUUGACUCCAGAAUCACUUGAAUCUUCUAAAGUUUGUGGAGGUUUGGCUGGCUCUGAAAUUGCUGAUGUUGCAAAUAACAAUGAUCUGCCUUCAAAAUAUUUAAAGGCAAGUGGCAGGGUCGAAUCAUUAUUACUAUUAGAUUCACCAUUUCGGGAUGCUGAUGCAGCCGGAACUGAUGUCAUAGAUGCGGGUGAUGAACUGCAAUUAUCUGGAACUGAAGGACCAUCAACUGCAAAGGCCAUGGAUGAAGAUGCCUUAAGUCUCUUAAAAUGGCUUGCAUCUUCUCAAGCUGCAGAAGAUAUCAAUUCAGAUGAUGAACUUGCUCGGGAAACAAUUUUGAGUCCCUUACUCCCUUCCAAACACAUUGAGAAGGUCUUAGAGAAAGCCAAUGUUGACUAUGAAAGUGAAUCGCAGAAAGAGUGUCAGGACAUCCUUGAUUCUAUUGAUAUGCUUAAUUUCGAGAAAUCUGAAUGCAAAGCCUCUUGUCCUGUGGAGGUUAAUCAGUCAUUUGAAUCUCUGUUAGAUAGAAAAAUACCACAAGUGGAUGGCUCCAGUGAUGACUUACAGCCAGUAUCUUGCCAGGACAAAAGUGAAGCAAAGGCAAAGCCUCAUGUGGAACGCCAAUCAUGGCCGCAAUCGGGUUCGACCUUUAUAGGUAAGAACAGAAUGAAGAGACCUCGCUGGGGUUCUUUGCCUAUCUCUCAUCAAAGAGCAAAUGACAAUGUUCCUCCUGAUACAUUGUGCAUUCCCAAAGGAAUUGAAGAGAGAAAAGAAGGUUCAGGAACUUCAUGUUUGGGGGAUGAAUCAAAAAGAUCUUUAAUUGUACAGGAUGAUGAGCAGAAGGGUAUUAGUUGCAUGAAACAAUCUAGUGCUGGAUUGGCAUGCUCACCAAGGGAUUUGAUGAGGAGAAAACGGUCACAUAGAACUGAAAUCUUUGAGAGUAGAAGUCAGGAAGACUUGAAAGCAGAAUCAUGCCCUGAUGCUGAGUGCCUGAUGGGAUAUAUUAAUCCUGACUCAAAGUUAUGUAACAGUAUUCAAGAUCCAAGGGAUGUUAUUUCGAUUUUGCAUAAUUUUCCAAUGAAAAACGAGGAUGCGAGGGUGUGCCAUGAGGCUGUCCAUUUAAUGACAACCACUUCUUCUAUUGCUGCCAUUGAAGUGUCACCUCUGUCAUCCAGUAAAGAGAACUUAGAGGAGGGAAAUCUGGCAAAGAAUACGAAUCCGGGGGAUGUGGGAUAUGACUUGUGCCUUGGUCCUAACGAGCUCGAACUUGCUUGUGUUUCAAAAACUGAAGUUGUCUGUGAAGAUUAUCCUGGUUUGUUUGAGCCUUGUGGGACAUCAGAAAACUUAAACAAGGAAUAUGAAACUGAAAACCUAAUUGGUAUGACCUUCUCUGUGAGACCUCCAACUAUAAAUUGGACAGAUGAGCCCACGAGAGAAGGCAGUAACAUUCAUACAUCUAUUCAGGGAGAUAUUGCAGAUAAUUACCUCCCUUUUUUCUCCCCAGAGAAAGUACUUGAUGGUGUUAGCCCUAGAAAGUGCAAAAGUGAUGGAAACCGAGAACCAGUACUGGGUGUUCCUACACUUUUUCAGAAUGAUGGGUCAUAUUUAUUCAUGCUGACCCCUGCUGCCUCACCUCCAUCGACAGAAUCUGUUAACAGAUGGCUAACAUCCAAUUCCUCUAAUAAUAUCUUGGAGCAGAAGACAAACGUUCCAUCACCCUUUCAGAAUAUGGUGGAGUUGCAGGGUUCUCAAGCUCACAACGGCGAUUCCCCUUUGCCUGAGUGUGCUCCUUUGUCCGGAGAAAAGCUUGAUCAAAAGAACGGCACUGUGGAAGUUGAGAGUAUUAAUGUGAAUAAGAAAAAUAUAUCAACUGCCUGCUCGAUGGACAUUUCUCAAAUAUCCGGCCCAGAUAAGAAUACGAGGCAGACUCCAUUGAGUCAAAUCGGUUUCCGUGAUCCAGCAAGUGAUGGUCAAGGGCAGCAGCUAACGUUGAUGAGUAUAGAGGUCCAAGCUGAAUCCCGAGGAGAUUUAAGACCUGACCCGCGAUUUGAUGCCAUCAAUAUCAUUGUUCUUGUUCUUCAAGAGGACAAUGAAUCUACACUUGACACCCUUGUGCUUCUGCGUGGUGGAUCUUUUUAUGCUGAGAAAGACCUUGACGCUGUUUCAGGGUCCACGGUCUCUGUUUUUACUGAAGAACAAGAAUUGCUUAAACAUUUUAUAAAAAUUGUUCAUGCUACUGAUCCAGAUGUUUUGAUGGGUUGGGACGUACAAAGCGGUUCUCUUGGAUUUUUGGCCGAAAGGGCUGCAUUUUUGGGUGUUGGCCUGCUAAAUAGUAUAUCAAGGACACCUUCGCAAAUAAAUGUGCCUCCUGGAGAUUCUGACACUUCUCAGAAGGAGAUGGGGGCAUUGUUUUCCCAAUCAGUAACUGCUGAAGCAGUCCAUAUUGAAAAUACAUUAAUAGAGGACGAGUGGGGAAGAACACACGCAAGUGGUGUUCAUGUAGGUGGUAGAAUUGUGCUUAACAUUUGGAGACUGAUGCGGAAUGAAGUUAAACUCAAUAUGUACACAGUUGAAGCUGUAGCUGAAGCAGUUCUGAGGCGAAAAAUUCCAUAUAUCCCUUGGAAAGUACUAAAACAAUGGUUUUCAAGUGGACCCGGACGAGCACGAUACAGAUCUAUUGACUAUACACUGGAGAGAGCAAAGUUGAACCUGCAGAUUAUGAAUCAGCUCGAUAUGAUAAAUCGAACAUCAGAACUUGCUCGAGUGUUUGGUAUCGACUUUUUUUCAGUUUUAUCUCGAGGCUCACAGUAUCGUGUUGAAUCGAUGUUCCUUCGAUUAGCACACACACAGAACUUUCUUGCCAUAUCUCCUGGAAAGCAACAGGUUGCCGGUCAACCAGCAAUGGAGUGCUUACCUCUUGUUAUGGAGCCAGAAUCUAAAUUUUAUGCCGAUCCUGUUAUUGUUUUGGAUUUCCAGUCUCUGUAUCCAUCAAUGGUAAUCGCGUAUAACCUUUGCUUUUGUACCUGUCUAGGGAAGUUUACAUCUCCAAAUUUGAAUAUUCUUGGUGUCAGUUCAUAUUCACCAGAUGUAAAUACUUUACGCAAUUUAAAACGUGAAUUACUAUUGACACCGAAUGGUGUUGUCUAUGUUCCUUCAAAAGUUCGGAAAGGGAUACUACCUAGGCUGUUAGAAGAGAUAUUAUCGACCAGAAUCAUGGUGAAAAAAGCGAUGAAGAAGUUGGCUCCAUCUCAGCUAGUUCUUCACAGGAUAUUAAAUGCCCGACAGCUUGCUUUGAAGCUUAUAGCAAAUGUUACUUAUGGUUACGCCGCUGCCGGAUUUAGUGGACGCAUGCCUUGUGCUGAGCUUGCUGACAGUAUUGUGCAGUGUGGCCGUAGAACACUGGAAUCUGCUAUUUCUUAUGUCAACUCGAAUGACAAGUGGAAUGCCAGAGUUUUAUAUGGUGAUACUGAUAGCAUGUUUGUACUUUUAAAAGGGCGUUCUCUUAGGGAAGCUUUCACGAUUGGACGAGAAAUUGCAUCAGCUGUAACUGAAAUAAAUCCAAAUCCCGUCACUUUAAAAAUGGAAAAAGUUUACUUCCCGUGCUUCCUCCUUACGAAAAAGCGGUAUGUUGGUUAUAGUUAUGAGUCCCCCGAUCAGAGCAAACCAACCUUUGAUGCUAAGGGUGUUGAGACGGUUAGGAGAGAUACUUGCGGGGCUGUAUCUAAAAUGAUGGAGCAGUCACUGAGGAUCUACUUCGAAAGUCAGGAUAUUGAUAAGGUCAGAGAAUAUUUGCAGCGCCAGUGGACUAGGAUAUUAUCAGGUAGAAUCUCUCUUCAGGAUUUCGUUUUCGCAAAGGAAGUCCGCUUAGGGACAUAUAGUGCAGGUGCUUAUUCACUUCCUCCCGCUGCAAUUGUGGCCACUAAAUCAAUAAAAUCCGACCCACGUGCAGAACCACGGUACGCCGAGCGAAUACCUUAUGUAGUCGUUCAUGGUGAGCCCGGGGCCCGUUUAGUCGAUAUGGUAGUGGACCCACUUGAACUUCUGUCAAUUAAUUCCCCCUUCAGACUGAACGAUGUUUACUAUAUUAGGAAACAGAUAAUCCCAGCAUUACAGAGAGUAUUUGGUCUUGUUGGGGCCGAUUUGAACCAGUGGUUCUUGGAUAUGCCUCGACCGGCACGUGAAGCUAUCGGAAAACGAUAUUCUUUUGCUCAGAAUCCACAGAGGAUGAGAAUUGACUAUUAUUAUGAAUCGAAACAUUGUGUUCUUUGUGGCGAUUUGGUUCAUGGAUCGGCCCAUUUGUGUCACAACUGCUGUAAGGAUGAAAGAACUGUUGCCGCAGCCUUGACAGGGAGAACUUCAAAACUUGAGAAGGAUUUACAGCACCUUGUUGCUAUAUGUCGUCAUUGUGGGGGCGGAGAUUGGCUGGUCGAAAGUGGAGUGAAAUGCCAAUCACUUGCGUGCUCGGUUUUCUACGAGAGAGUCAAAGUCCAGAAGGAGCUGAUGUCACUCACUGAAGUUGUUACCAAGUCUGGUUUGUACCCUAAGUGUAUGGUAGAGUGGUUUUAACUUUUAACUCUAAAUACAAGCAAUUUGAAUUUUUUUUCCUCUUUCUUAAAAAAAAAAAAUUACAAAGAAUUUCACAUGUAAUUUCCACUGAUAUGUAAAAAGUUACUUGCUGGUGGAACAUGAAAAAAUUAGGAGAUUCAUCAUGUAAAUUCCCUUUUCCACUCACUUAAGGGAUUCUGAUUAUAGUGUUUAUGCUGAUAUAUGUAUUUUCUUCAUGUUGUUCUUCUCUGGGUUAUACUACCAAAUUUGACACAAAAAUCU